AUGGACGUAUCUAGAGUGAGGGGCCUUGUCUUGAUGCUAUGCGCAACAUGGCUACAGUACGUUAGAUGUAUUGAUCUAAUGCGUUGUGAUUUCGGAGAUCCGGAUGAUCUGCUCAUCAACAAUGCUCUCGUGAUGUGCCACAUGGAUAUUGAUGACUUUUCUUCUGCAGUUGUGACCUGUCCUCGGCGACUUAACAACAUCGAGUAUACUUUACAUCCGCAACCGUACACGUAUGAAUACUCUCAUCUCAAAACAUAUGUUAGUGAUGAAGGUACUUUUCGUUCUGUUGCGCUUUCGGAGGUGUUCUUAACCGAAUCGCCAGUGACAUUGGCUUCGAUGGGAUCUGACGAAUUGCACACGGCGCUUAUAAUAGAUAUACCUAAUGAUCAGUUGUUUGCAAUGACAGAGCGCCGCUGGAUAUUCAUAUGCGGCCCGCGAGACCUGACUCUGAGCGAUACGCUGCAACGUCACCUGGACCGCCUGAAUGGUACGAUAGAAAUCCACGACAUUCCUUGGAACCCACCAACAUCACUGUCAGAUGAAAUAUCUAAGAUGGGGCAUGCAUUGGGUGUGUUCAUCUUGUACGGUGAACGCACAUAUUCACGUCUUCAAGGCUGUGGUAGCCGCCCUUCACCACUUUUUGCUCCGGACAAUCAAGUUACAGUCGACCCCGUCACUGGAGUGACUUCAUGUGUAGUGGAUCCUGUGUCUGAUGUACCCAUUGGAUUUCUCUGCGAUGGGCUUGUUGAACCUUAUGAUUGCAUGAGAUCACUCAUUGACCAUAAUGGAGAAGUUGUGGCUGCCCCCGAGCCGCAUCCCUAUCGGAAUUUUCACCUCCAUAGACCUUGGGUAGUAGGCAAAUAUUUUGAUAAAUUUGUACUGCCACAAUUUGGUGGCGAGUGCAGAUGCAUAGAUCCUGGGACUGGUCAGGUGAAAGCCAAGAUAGAGGUCCGUGGGAGAACGGAAUACGUCUGUGACAUUGCCAGCAAGAUAUUCCGCCACCGUGUUCAGCCAAUACGUGGCCCUUGGUGCUCUGUAGUGUUACACCCGGGCAGCACCUUGACCAUCAGAUUCCCAAUAGAGUCUCCAGGUGCAACCUCAGAAGACGAGUUUGACAUGGAUAUCGACGAGGCUUCCACGUCUGGCCCUCCAUCUGAAGACCCUCCCAGAUAUUUAUUCAAAACUGAAUUCCUUCCAAACAACUUGACCACGCUUCGGCAACUGAGUACAGCUUACGAUACUUAUAUCUACGAGGAAGUUGGGUAUCAAAUGGCCCUUGCUGGUGAUGCGCUUGAGUUAGAUACUUCACAAAUGUCCCAUGGGGAAGUAAAACUGAAAUAUCAUUCAAGCAAACCUCUCGCAUUAAAAGCUGGAACAAACUCAUUUCUUUAUCAUUGGACAUUAAACGCUAUAAACAACUACAUAUUUGAAAGGAUAGGCGCCGCGGUGAAUGUAUCCUUCGCACUCACUCAUUACUAUGAUAUAGUUGGUUGCGAACAGGGGCCACAGACAGUAUUUGAUCCCGAGUUGAGUAAGGACUAUUGUGCAGUCAAACCGAUGGGAAAUGGGAUAGGACCAAUCUAUGAAUGCGCUUACCAGAUUAAGUGUGACGGAUGGCAAGUGGGUAUUCACUGCCGACCAGGCGAAGAGUUGUUGCCGGAUAAUUGCGAGUCCACAGGAUACGACCUAUCAUCCAAUAAGGUUAUGAUGCUUCCUGAAUCUGUUUGCAAUGCGACGACUUAUCGUAUUCCAGGAUUACAUGUGUUCGAUAUUGGCUUAAACGGCGAUAUCCCUUUCAGUUAUGCUUGCGCCUGUGUUGAUCAACGUGGAUACGAAACGUCUAGGCUUAUUUUGAAGUAUAUGACAAAUGAAGUUCACGCAUACAAAGUGCGCCAUGCAUAUCAACGGCGCACGUCACUUCCUCACGUAUUGAUGCCAUGGAGGGAAGUCGGUUUGGCAAUGGAAGGAGCCACAACACCCGAAUAUCUUAUGAUGAGUUAUGUACCACAGAGGACGAUAAAGAUGGAAGUGGGAAGAACGUUGAAGUUGCAAUGUGAAAAUGAUUUUGAUACGUUCCACACAAUUAAUCAACCUCUAAAUAUUGAUGCGAACACUGGCAGAAAUAAAUUGAAAUGGUUCCCUGACAAUCCCCAAAUUUUUUUUUAUGCCUUUUCCCAUACGCCAGAUGGGCCUAAACUAAUGCCUGAAAAAUACGAACAUUCCAUAGCUAUGACUGAGGGUGCAUUGGAAAUCACUUAUUCUGAGCAAUGGGGGAUACCCGGAUACCUACAAUUGGCUAUAUCGUCACAUCGAGGCGCAAUACUAAUAUCCAAGAAUCCAAGAAAUGCGAAGGCCGUAUCCAUGGCAUUUGUCUGCGGCAAACGACCUGAACCAUCCGAUUUGUCCAUCAUCUCCGAUGGCAUCACAAAUUCAAGCGCAUCUGAGCAACCCAAUUUUCAGAUCAUGCGGUUAGGUGAGCGGUACACGUGGCACGUCGUUGAAGUUGCUGUGGAGACGACAGAUCCCUACGUGCAAGGCUGCGGUGUUACGUCCUCAUCGGAUGAGUUGUUCAAGCCUGAGACACCUAAACUCAAUGACGCUAACGGACGACGUAAGUUCGGUUGCAAGAUAGACCUUCAGGUCGCACACAAGACUGCAUUCUACUGCCCGGCUCCUUAUGCGCUGGACCCACCCAAUUGCUUCGACCAAGUUUAUGUAGAUGGUGAAGUGAAGAACGUAAGCAAUGUCAGCAAUUCGUUGGUGAAAGCUUCUUCAAACCACUUUGUUAUCCUGCGGUUCGACAGUGAACUCAUUGGACCAGGGGAGACCCUGCGCCAGACCCCGCCGUUGGAGUGCCACUGCGUCACUACCAAGGGUGUAGUUCUAUCCACCAUCCAAAUCGAGAACUACUACGCCAAGAAAUGA